UACAAGCAAUGCACACAUCUAAAGGAGGGCAAGCCAAGAGUCGAGUGCAUCCCACUGCCGAUGGAAGUAGAACCUCAUCACAGGCUCAAAAAAAACCUGGCCAAACUUUAAUGGAUAAACUCCGUGCAGCUCAAAAAUUACAAAAUGUUCCUGUAGCAGUAAUCAGGGGGAAACAAUCAAUAAAAGCCAAUACAUCUGCGUCAAGGGAAAGAAACAAAAUUGCCGCUCAAUCAGCUUAUAGGAGUGCACUUUUAGAGUAUACCAGAGGUCAAGGUCAACAAAACACAACUCAACAAGAUGAAGACAGUAUAGAAGAGGCUAGCGAAGAUGCAAGUCAGAAUGACAAUAUGACAAACAGACAGAUGCAGAAACUCCGAAAGCUGUUACCAAAUGGCCAUCGAAGCAAUCCAAGGGCACUAACUAGCAGACACAAAGAAGAAAUAAUGGUGGAGUCUGUUCAAGAUGAAGAUUCCCAACCAGUAGAGGAAGAACCCAGACUAGCUAGAUCAAGUUUGUGGGGGAAAGUGAAAAUAAAACAGUUACAAGGUAAAGAAAGUUCUGGUAAUAUCAAUCCAUUUCAAAAGAUUCAAGCAUCCAUAUCUGCACAAAGAAGGCAAGCUUCCACAAGCUCUAAAUUACCACAGUCCUUAGACAAAAGUUUAGCCAAAUCUUCUAUAGCUAAUAAAAGUAGUAACUCCACAGUUUCAAGAAAUCUCAGUGGAAAUAAGAUGCCCGAAAGGAGAAGACGACUCAGUGUGUCAUCGUAUGUUGAUGAAAGUGGUUACUUAUCUCCCUUUAGUGAGGAGAGUGAGGAUGAGGAUGAAGAUGAUGAACAAAAUGAAGAAAACGUCACUGAGAUCGAGCUUCUGGAAGAAUCUAAUGACGACCAUUAUGAGGAUAGCACUGUAGAUCACAGUGACCUAAACACUCAUAGCACAGGCAGCAGCCCUUCACUUGCUGAAUUAGCAACACAUCAAAAUGUAGAAGUAAAAAAACGCAAGGGCAUUCGUCUUCCAUUUAGCAAAUUUAGGUCAAAGCACCAAAAACCUCAGUCCCACAAUGCCCCAACACAUACAAGUUCACCACCCAAAUCUCUAAGUAAGUUAAAAAAGGGAGAGAAUGCUUCAGAAGGUAUGACAGACAAGGAUAAAAAACAGAAGGCCUCAGUUAAAGCUCCUUUGUCCAGGGUUUUAUCCAGUGGUUCCAUUACUGGGCCAGUUCCAGAGAUUACAGUUCAGGACUUCAGUGAGACAUCCAAACAGUCUAUGGAUGUAGAUGUGGAGGAAACUCCAGAUAACCAGAAUGACAUGCAAGAAGUUUCAGUGUCCAAUGAAAAUGAAACUAUUGUUGAAAAAAGUAUUAGAAAAAACUUUGACAGUAAAAAAAGUAAUUUUUCUGCAGUUGAAGGAACAAAAGAUAAUGAAACCUCUGUAAGUGGCAAUAUCAAAAAACAAACUGCAAAAGCUCUUUUAAAUAAAGCAAAAGAAAAGGUACACAAUGUUGGUUUAGACUCUAUGCAUAAAAAUAUUAGCUCAAAGUCUGAUAAUGAAAAUAGUAUAGUGCAAGUAGAUGAUCAAGAGAAUGAACUCAACGAUGAAAACACUUUGAUUGUGGAAGAAGAUGCCGAGGAGCGAGGAAGUGUUGAUCCAGAUCAAAGAGAAGCAUCAGGGAAUGAAGCCCUUAUUGUGGCACAACACAAGAUCAAAGAUACACACAAAAAGAAACCAACAAAUAAUAGCGAGUCCUUGAAGGAGGAUGACUCCAAUCAAGCUGACAUAACACAAAAUAAUGUAGACAAUCAAAUCCCUAACAAACCACAAAUAUCCAAACUUUCGUCAUCAAAACCAAAUGAAACUAAAAAAAGUUCUCAGCAAUCCCAGCAAUCAAGUAAAUCAAAUAUUGUAACCAGGACGAAGAAAAUGGGCAGAACAAUCAUUUCUAAACCAAAAAUGAAAAUACCUUUUCAAAAUCAGCCAUCGCCUAAAGAUUUGCCCAGUCAAGACACUACAUCAGAUUCUCGUUCCAUUAGGAAAUCAACACUAGUUCAAGCUACUGUACUAGAGACAGCCUUGCAACAUUCAAAUGAAACCAAAAAUUCUAAAAUUUUGACCAGAAUGAAAAAAAUUGGUGGUAGUAACAUACUUGAUAAGUCUUCUCAACUAAAGAAGAAAAUCAUUCAGUCUGAACCAGGUCCAAAAACACUCAUUGCCAGUAAACCUGAAGAGAUAUCUGAUAACACCAGCCAGAAUAAGAAUGAAUUUCAAACUGAAAAUUCAACACCAGAAAAAGAAGAUAAAUUAUUUGGAAAUCAUUUUCAGAAUGUUAACAUUCUUCCAAGAUUAAAAAAGAUUGAUCGAGAUAAAAUCCCACACAAGAAACCCAUUACAAAACCCUCAUCUGUGAAAUAUGACAGAAAACUAAAGCAAUCUGUGUUAGAAGCAAACCAAACUCUGGUCAAUAAUCCCCGGAGGUCAAGUAAAACUUUGAAAAGAAAGAGCCUGGAACAAAAGGCUACAGGAGUGAGCUCAUUGCAAAGCAGCAAAAGUGAGCAUCAGACGUCUGACUCGGAAGAAGAUAAGGACAACUCUGAUUCUAAUUCCUCACAAGAUGAUGAGAGAAAAGAAACACAAAAUGAAGAAGAUUCAGACUAUGAUGAUAAUAACAUAGAGUCUGUGUCUCAAGAAUCAAGUGACUUAGAAAUCAAUGAUGAAACAGAUAAGGAACCAGAGCUUGAAGAAUCAGAGGACCUCCAAGAAAAUAUCAAAACCCAAGACACCAAAUCAUCUGUCCGUCCUGAUGUGAAGCACAAAGUGAAAGGAAGUGACACCAACCAACAUGUUAACCCAUCCGCCAAAUCAAAGCCGCCAACUAAAGUCACAAGACAGUUGAAUUUCACAAGUGAUAAGACAGUCUUAAAGAAAGUUUCAAGAAACUCAACGGGCAUUGAGAAUGAUACAGAAAUGGAAACCCAAGAAGAUACAGUAGACUUAGAUGAGGAUAUUUCAGACAACGAUCUCUCACAGAAGGACAAUUCAUCUCAAGAAGCUGAAGAUGAUUCAGAGAAUGAGGACUAUGGCUUGGUAAAUAAAGAUGCUACCCCUAACAUUGAUAUUGAUUCAGAAAAUAGUGAUAAUACUUCAGAAAAUGGUGAAACAAAAUCAGAAAUUGGCAAAUAUGACCCUGAAAAUGACAAUAAUGCCUCAGAAAAAGAUGUUGCUUCAGAAAAUGAUAAUGCCUCAGAAAAUGAUGAUGCCUCAGAAAAUGAUGAUAUUAUCUCAGAAAAUGAUGUUAAUGCCUCAGAAAAUGAUGAUGCCUCAGAAAAUGAUGAUAUUAUCUCAGAAAAUGAUGUUAAUGCCUCAGAAAAUGAUGAUAAUUCCUCAGAAAAUGAUUAUAUUGCCUCAGAAAAUGAUGACAAUGCCUCAGAAAAUGAUGUUAAUGCCUCAGAAAAUGAUAGUAAUGCCUCAGAAAAUGAUAUUACAUCAGAAACUGGUUUUGAAAAUGAUGCAGAUGUAUUAGAAAAUGAGGCAUCUGGCUCAGAAAAUGAUUCUUGUGCAUCACAAAGAGUUGGUGCCUCAGAUAAGGAUGAUAGUCAAACUUCUGAUAAUGAGGAUGUUAUGUUGAAAGACCAAGAACUUAAAACAGCACAGAAUGCCAAAAAAGAUUCUUCCAAAGCAAACGUACAGUCCAGGGUUAAGAAAAAGGUGAAUCAUCCUCAGGUUGAUGUAUCUGGUACUGAAGAUGUACAGAAAAAAGAGACAGAUACAGAAGAUUCCAUGUCUCUCAAUAAUAAUCUACACACAGUCAUUGAUAUAGAACACACUGACAGCCAAGAAGAUAUUUCAGGAAGUGAGAGUGAUGCAUAUUCCAAAAGUCUAAAUGCUUCUAGUAAUUUUCAUAGUGAACUUGGAUAUUUGCGAAGAGACCGCCCCAGCCUAGUUCCUGUCUCUAGUGACGACGAGUUGUCCCAAAGUUAUCAGGACUAUCUUAGAUUUAUAAAAAGCCAAGAAGGAAAACCUCGUCAAAUUUCCAAUUUUCCAAACUUUCCCAUUGUGUCACCUUUGCCUAUACAGUCGGAUGAAAUCCUUCAAAACAUUAUCCCUUCUUCUCCGACCAGACCUUUUACCAUACUUGCUAUAACCAAUGGGAAACUAGAUCUUGAUGUGGAGGAUGUGGUGAUAGAUAUAGCAGACGAUAACGAAACAGACAAAACAACAGAAGUUCAAAACUCUGAGAACAAGAAUGCUCAGAUACUAGAACAAUCUUUUGGAUUUACAAAGUUGCUUCAAAAAUUUCAAAGUUAAAAUGUAAAAAUGCCUGCUUUGGAAGUGUAAAAGUUAAGUGUGAACAAAAAUCCAAUGUCAAAAUUUAUUUUGCUUCAACCUACAACUAAAAGUAACAUAGUUUACUUCUGUAAGUAUUGAUUACCAAAACUUGUUAACAAACAAAAUUAUUCACAACUGUUUUUUAGUCAAUUUAUUUGUCUGUUUGAUAAGCUUUGCAUGUUGCUUCAGAAAUGAAGAUUAUUACAUCCUAGCCCAAACCUCCUGCAGGAUGACAGCUGGCAUGGUUUGAACUCAGGACCAUCAUGUGUCCAAAGCGCAUACCUCUUGACCAAGCAGCAACAUAAGUAAUAUGUUACAAUGGUGUAGCUUACAUAUGGUUGAAGUUACUUCAUGGGAAGAAUAGUAAAUUAUUUUUUAAUGAGCUAAUUGCUUUGCGUUGUUAAGACUUUGCAAUAAUGGAGUUACCUCUAAGCACAAUUUAAAUGGAAGAUAUGGUUUUUAUUUAAAAUAUUUUCUAUGACAAUAUCAACUCUUCAGAUAGGUUUUGUUUUUGUUUGAGAGCUUUAUUAUGUUAUAGAUGAGAAACAGAAUUGAUAGAAACCAUUCAACUAGGAAAAUGACUCUGCAUAUUGUUUUCUCAUGACAAACUUUGUAAAACUCUCUAUGAGUAGGAAUUCUAUAAUUAAGAAAAAAAAUAAAUAAAGAUGCAGAAUUUGUAUGUACAAUGUGCUGAAAAGUAAAUAAAUUAAUGAAAUGGUAAUAAGAAGUUGAAACUUUUUUUUCCUGUACAAGUUAUUUCCCUGUAUCUUCUUCUUAUCUUAUAAAAUACAGACGUUACUUCAAAAAAAAAAGAUGGUACCAGGUAUUUCAUUUUCAUUGUAUACCAUCAGAAAUUUGCCUGUCAUAAUUUAUGCAAACUGUGAAGGUGGUUGAAAAUGCUUGACAGAAGAUAGCUGAUUAGAAACAAUAGGAUUCAAAAUUCAAAACAUAAAAUUGAUUUCUUUCAAAAUAUCUGAUAAAGGUACAGGAAAAGAUUUUAUAAGAAUGAUCAAAGCAGAAUAUUUUAGG